UUGUUUCACAUCGACGGAAGUCAGUCAUAUGAAAUUAAUCGAACGAUAAAGUUAUAGAAUUUUUUUUGACAUACUCAAAGAAUUUCUUUUUGGUUUUAUUUCUUCCUUGUCACAUCCAAGCGUACCAAACGUUCACUUAUUCGUUCAUUUUGCCCUGCGAAUUUUUUUUCAAUUUAUUGUUUCAUUUCACUCGGUAGGUAUAAUUCUCAGUUUUUUUUUUUAUUUCAUCGUUAAAGUGUGUUUAAUGUUUUCCCACCUCUUAUUUCGAAAAAAUUCAACAAAGAAUUACAGAAAUAAAACAAAAUGUCACGGCCUGGAUUGAGAGGAGCUCGCAGAACUCGCAUUUAUGACUCAAACUAUAAUGCAAGCCAAAAUUAUUAUAAACCAACGUUGGAUAAUUUGGACCGUAAAUAUUACGGAAGACCAUUGACUACAGACCGCUUCGAAUCACCGAAACCAACAUCAUUGUUUAGCCCAAGCCGCGAGGCCCGAACACCAUUCGACGAUACGCCAUUAAACGAUGCCAGACGUCGUGCCGAACGUGUCAUUACGAACGAUGACUCAUUUUUUGAUGUACGCGGUGCUCGUGUGCCAAAAAGUUCCAUUGGCGAAACUAUUCGUGAAUUCGAUGACGAGUUUAAAUCGACGUUAAGCAAAAUUCGCGCCAAUAAAACUAAAGUUGCAAAUUUCUCCGAUGAUAUCGAUUUUGAUGAUACCGUAGAUUCAUUCAAGCGUCGUGGCCGUGCUGCCGUGUCCGAUUUUGAUUCAGCUGUUGAUGACAGCUUCGCCAAAUCGGGCAGCUCGAUAAAGAAGAGCUCAUAUAAGUUGUCUAGCCGCCGAGAGGAAGAAACCGAACCGGUUGCCAUUACAAAGUGGAGCUCGCUAACAGCCACCACUGAUGACUCAGGUGCAAGCUUGCGUGCCAAAGCAAGCAAAGCUCGCUUAGAAGAUUUGGAAUCGGAAAUGUUUGAACGAUCAGAAAAACAAGCAGCUCGCGAGAAACGAUCACAAGCACUCAAAAAGUUUAUAGCCGAUAUUGAUAAUGAGAUAUCAGAUUAAAGGAAACCCGGAAGAAAAAAAAAACAACCACAUCAUCAACAAUACCAACAACGCCAACAAAACCAACCUGGAAAAUUCACCACCAAAAUUAUCACAUUGUGAUGGAAAAUUGACGAGAUGAGGGAAAAAGGGAAUACUUUCAGAAUAUCACGCUUUUGUUAAUGGAACCUGAAAUCAAACCAUUUUUUUAAACUCUUUUUUUCAUGUUUAUUUAUAUGUUUUUUUUACUAGCAUAUUAAGUAAAUAAAAUGCGACAAAAACGA